AAACCAUUGCAUAUUCAAUGUUUUUAUUCCACAUACACAGACACACAUCAGCUCUUACUGCUGCUGACGCCCCUCAGGAUGCAACUGCUGUCUGAGCGGAGUAGGCCUCUCCAGGCCUGAAGUGAAAAAGGGAUACUGAGACCCAUUUCACUUGUUUCCUUCUGGGAUCCAGAACAACAAGAGCGGGGCUGGCGAGCUAUUUCGCAGGCGGCGGAGGAGCACGGGGCGGAGCGCGCCCAUGUAAACAAACCGGGCGGAGGGAUGCUCGAGCGGCCGUAUGCGUAGGAAUCAGACCCCAGUGGAGUGGGAUUAUGCUGGGAGAGCUGCUGCUGCUUCAGCUUCUUCAGAGCUGCUGGCGUUCGCUGGGAAAGUCGGUUGUUACUCUCUGAGGGAGGAAGAAACCCUGCCAGCGGCAUCUCCGUCCUCCGCCUCGUCGCUCACCACUUUCCUCUCGUCCUCCCUCUCCUCUUAGCCCCUCUUCCGCAGCUUUGCCGGUUAUGGAGGUAGUGGGGGACUUCGAGUACAACAGGAAAGAUCUCAUAGGACACGGAGCCUUUGCGGUGGUCUUCAAAGGCCGCCACAGGAAGAAAUCAGACUGGGAGGUAGCCGUGAAAUGCAUAAACAAGAAAAAUCUGUCAAAAUCUCAAAUUCUGCUUGGGAAAGAAAUCAAGAUAUUAAAGGAGCUUCAACAUGAGAACAUCGUAGCUCUCUAUGAUGUUCAGGAGACUCCAAACUCUGUUCACUUGGUAAUGGAGUAUUGCAAUGGAGGUGACCUGGCAGAUUAUCUGCAAGUUAAAGGGACACUUAGUGAAGACACCAUUAGAGUCUUUCUCCAGCAGAUUGCAGCUGCUAUGCGAAUACUUCACAACAAAGGAAUAAUCCAUCGGGAUCUGAAACCACAGAAUAUUCUACUGUCUUAUGUGAGCCGGAAAAAAUCUCAUAUGAAUGGAAUUCGUGUCAAAAUAGCUGACUUUGGCUUUGCCCGGUAUUUACAGAGUAAUAUGAUGGCUGCCACACUUUGUGGAUCCCCCAUGUACAUGGCACCUGAAGUCAUUAUGUCGCAACAUUAUGAUGCCAAGGCAGACCUCUGGAGUAUAGGCACAGUAAUUUUUCAGUGUCUUGUAGGAAGGCCUCCUUUCCAGGCUAACAGCCCACAGGAUUUAAGGCUCUUUUAUGAAAAGAACAAGACUUUAGUACCCAACAUCCCAAGCGAAACUUCUAGUCACCUGGGUGGCCUAUUGCUUGGCUUGCUUCAGAGAAACCAGAAAGACCGAAUGGAUUUUGAAACAUUCUUUAACCAUCCUUUCAUGGAUCAAACAUUGUCAGUCAAAAAAUCAUGCCCUGUGCCUGUACCCACGUGCCCUGGUUCUGUUUCUGGUAGUUCUUGCGGCAGCUCUCCAUCUUGUCAUUUUGCCUCUCCUCCUUCAUUACCAGAUAUGCAACGCAUUCAGGAAGAUGCUCUGUCUUCUCCACCUUUGGGCCCGCCUAAUUAUCUGCAGGUUUCCAAAGAUUCUGCCAGUAGUGGCAGUAAGAACUCUUCAUGUGACACAGAUGACUUCGUUCUCGUUCCUCAUAGUAUCUCCUCAGAUCAGUCAUAUGACAUGCCGUUGGGGACACUUGGCAGACGAGCUUCCAGUGAAUUUCUGAUGUGUGGAGGGCAGUCACCUUUAACAUCUUCUGGGGGUUCAGCUGCUCUGCAGAGACCUUCCUCAGCCUCAUCCAGGUCAAGCUCUUCGAGCUCAGCCAACAGGCAGUGUCCACCUCCAGUGUCGCCUCGCACUGAGUCAGCUCCGAUUCCAGUCCCUACUCAGAUUCGAAACUACCAGCGGAUUGAGCAGAACCUGCAUGUAACUUCCAGCCAUAACACCAAUCCCUAUGGAUCACCCAGAUCUGGAAUGGUGAAGAGAUCAAACACAAGCCCAGUGGGUUUUGUGAAACCAACAUCUGGGUCACCAGCUGCUGCAGAUGCACCCCAAAAUCCAGGCCGCAGACUCUCCACUGGAUCCUCUAGGCCUUACUCUCCUUCACCUCUCGUUGGAACUAUCCCUGAACAGCUUAGCCAUUGCUGUUGUGGUUUGCCUCAGGGACACGAGUCAAGAUCCAGGACACCAUCAGGCUCACCUUCUCCCCAGCAUCACUUAUUGGGUGCCAGACUUCAGAGUGCUCCAACUCUUACUGACAUUUACCAGAGCAAACAGAAACUACGUAAACAGCACUCGGACCCAGUUUGUCCUCCGUCAGCAGGGUAUGGAUGUAGCCAUUCUCCACAGCCUAGCAGACCAGUCAGCCUGGGUACUUCCCCUACCAAACACAUGGGAACGUCUCCACGGAGUUCAGAUUGGCUGCAUAAAACCCCGCUACCCACCAUUAUUGGAUCACCAACAAAGACCACUGCUCCUCUCAAGCUGCCUAAAACUCAAGCAUCAUCCAAUUUGCUUGCCUUGGCCGCGCAGCAAGGACUAACUGAGAGCCCACCAAUGCAGCCCAAAGCCAUGUUGGAGGCUAGGGAAUUCAGCACUUAUCAUUAUCCACAAGGAAGUGCUAAGUCUGCAGCUUCUGAGGAGAAUAAAACCACCUUUGGCAGAUCUGUAAGUACAGGAAGAUUAUCAGAUCAGGUCAUAAAGACCACAUUUGGAGGGCAGACGUAUCAAGGCAGCACAGAUAGCCUCAAUACAGAACGUCCAAUGGACACAGCUCCAGCAGGUGCUUCUGGUUUGACAAUGGGUUCCCCUGCCAUGGUGAUAGGAGUGAGCCCAAGGACUGUGGUGUUCACUGUAGGUUCACCACCCAGUAGUAUCACCCCUCCCCAUAGCAGUCACAUGGUCACCAGAACAAGGACAAUGUCAGUUGGCUCAAACAGUCCACUUGGAUCUCUGUGCUCCAACAGUGGAAGAAUUUGCAUGGGCUCUCCACCAGGUGCUUACAUGGGCACCUCACCUCCUGGAGCAGAAGGUCCUUCAAGUUUGAAGUACAUGACAUUUGGUACCUCGCCUCCUAGCUUAGAAGGAUUUAUCACAUUUGAAGCUCCAGAACUGCCAGAAGAGACCUUAAUGGAGAGAGAGCAUACGGAUACCUUGCGACACCUGAAUACAAUGCUGACAUUUGCAGAAUGUAUUAUGGAUAUUGCUGUGAUGAAAGGAGGUAGUUUGGACUUGGGGACCUCUGCUGCUUCUCUCUAUCAAAUCCAGGAGAGUGUUGUGGUUGACCAGAUUAGUCGUCUCAGCAAGGAGUGGGGACAAGUGGAACAGCUUGUACUAUACAUGAAAGGAGCCCAGCUGUUGGCAUCUUCUUUGCAUCUUGCAAAAGACCAGGUUAAGUCAGGCAAGCUGAACCCAUCUACAGCCGUAAAGCAAGUUGUCAAAAAUCUAAAUGAUCGGUACAAGUGCUGCAUCUCCUUUUGCAAAAAACUUACUGAGAAACUGAAUCGUUUCUUCUCUGAUAAGCAGAGAUUUGUGGAUGAAAUCAACAGUGUUACUGCAGAGAAACUGAUCUACAGCUAUGCUGUGGAAAUGGUACAGUCAGCUGCACUCGAUGAAAUGUUCCAGCAAACAGAGGACAUCACAUACCGGUACCACAAAGCAGCAUUAUUAUUGGAAGGCUUGACAAAGACUCUGCAAGAUCCUGCUGAUAUUGACAACAUCCAGAAAUACAAGACCAGCAUUGAACGCAGACUGUCUGCACUGUGCCAUGGCACAGUGGCCCUUUAUGAAAACUAGCCUUCUGAAUGGACCACUUGUAGCAGAGCAGGGACCAUCACCUUUUCCUGGAUCACGCCAGUGUCUUGGAGAUGCCGGAAUCCUUUUCGUUUAAUGGUCCCCCCACCCCCCAACCCCCAAAGGAAUGUUUGAUUUAUGUUUUGACGAGUUACCAAAGAGGAGUUCUUGUUUCAAAAGAAAGCAAAUUUAUGUACAAAUAUAGAUUAAUACUUCUGGAAAACUCUCUCAACGAUGUAGCAUUUUCUUUCGUUUCAUUUUACCUCAAAGAGGUGAAGUAUGGGGCAGAUUCACUAAUUUUGGCUUAAAAAAGCCACCUAUCACUGGAGAGCGUUAAUACAUGCACAGGAGUAAAACUGAAACUUGUCUGUUUUUGUGACAGAACUCAUGGGUACUUGGAAACCUACGUUCAGAAGCAUUUUGCUCCAUCUGAUUAACUUAUGUAUAUACAGUACUGUGCUGCGGCCAAUUGGCAAGUUGUCUUUCUCCAAGUGAAACUUCUAAGGUAAUUUUAAGACACUAAUGAUAUGAUAAAUGAGCCACAUUUUAAGAUUUACCGGGAUCCUUGUACAGCCUGUUAAAGGCAUGAAAUGCCUUGUAUCUUCUGCUACAUCGUAUAUCUAUCAACCCACGGGAACUGAUCAUCAAGGAGGAAUUAAGCACUUUAUGUGGAUAGGAAGUCAACGACAAGUCAAAAGGGGAUGGCUGCAGCUCACCUUUAUGACCUUGUAAACCUGACAUCACUUUGGAUGGACACAGAGAGAGGGGAUUUUCUUGUUUUUUUUUGUUUUUAUUUUGUAGCUGUUGAGACAGGAGCUAUUGAUAUCACAAGGACUUUGCUCCAACAGACAACCACUUCUGAUUGCACUAUUACAAUUCUUUGAACAUCUUUAAUGAUAUGCAGAACUCCUUGUAAAAUGACACAGCUUAAAAGCUGUAUUGAAGAAAUAGGAAGUAAAGAAUACUGUUCCAGUAGGUUAAGCUCCAACGCAUUAAACAAAAGAAAAUUUCAGAUGCUUUUUGGAGCAAGAAGCACAAAGUGCUUGACACUUUAACUAAAAAGACUGCAAAAAAAAGCGUGUAUUAAUUACAAGACUUUCCUUUUUUUUACUUAUUAAAUACUUGAGUAGUCCAUAUAGAGCAACCGUCUGUAUAUAAUGAAACUAGUUUUUUUUCCUCUUUCUGCCAGUGACCGACUUUUAAACAAUAUUUUUUGGCUGGCUUGUUGUGCAUGUAUUCAGUGUGACUGUGCCACUGACCUGAUAAUAUUGCUAACAAUGCUGUUUGUUCAGACAGUAUUAUGGAGUUAAUGCAUUUUUCCUGUAGACUGACAACCUGUCAUGCAGACUAAUGUAACGUUUAGUAUUUUCAGGGGUGGAAAAAACACAUUAUCAGGACUCCAGGAACCAGAUUACAAAACAGUUUGGACUGUUUUGAAGCCCAGGUUUUACUUAUAGAGGACAAUUUUGUCACUUUUAUGAAUAAAAGAAUUCCGAGUUCUUUUCCGGACUUGUGUACAUGUUACAUAUGUGUGCAUCCAUGUAAACAAAGUGAACAAGCACAAUUGUUCCAUUUUUAUAUCAUACGUAAUCAGAUUAAAGGUUCUGGUUUGGCAAUAGGCAUCCAACAGACUGGUGAAGGAUUGCAAUUAAACUGACACUAACAAUAGCAGUUGAGUUUGAAAGCGUAUUUAAUUGGAAAUUUUAUUUUAUUUUUGUAAUUUUAAAAUUAAAUAAAAACAGCAGGCAGUAACUCAAGUAUAAGGGAUGAUGUUUGUGUAGUAUGCUAAUGAGGCACAGUAUGCAUCAUCUCAGGAAAUGAUGCACUGUCAUAUGAUCUUGUUCUCUUGCAGUCUUGUGGCAAGAUGAAGCAUCAUACAAUGCCUCCUAAAUAAAGUUAGUGUUUUUCUUACUUCAGCAGACUCUGUAAAUAUUCUUUAGCACAAUGACCUCAAGAAUAUUAAAUGGUGGCCACAAGUGAAAGAACAGAAUGAGAAAGUGUCUGCCAUUACUGGAGAGGUUCUAAUCAAGUAAAAGCAUGGCUGAAUUGGUACCAGGGAUAUUGACAAGGUGUCUCGCUGCAAAACGGAGCAGUGAGCAGGUCAGUACAUGACUAUAUCCAAUGGAUCCAAUGCAUAUGAUGCUGUAAUUACUAGAGGGAUUGGCUUAGAAAACAGUUGAGGAAAUAAGUGAAAGAUCCUAUGCCUACUUCAAUCUACUAAAUUUACUAAGCAUGCCUAGCAACAAAGGAAUAGUGUUAAUGCCCUUAACUUGCAGAGAACUGAGAGUAUAACAACUUAGAAGAAUUAAUGAGGGACAGAAUUGUAUUUGUGAACUUAGAUGAAACACUGUCUAAUCACUUGGCAGUUAAGGAGUAACAACAUCAAAGGCAAUUCAACAGAGCAGGCAAACUAAGGUAGGGAAACAAAAUAGGUAAUUUGGGGUGACAGAGAACCGUAUCCCAAAAAAAUGACUGAGUGAGUGUUAAAGUUUAAAAGCAGGGAGGUGGCCUACCAUAUGCUGAAGGCAGGAACACUGUGCAUUAACUUCCCCAGGUUAACUGUUAUUGGUGCGGUAGCAAAAAGCACAGGUGUGGAAAUUGUACCUCCAAAGAGGUAGGAGGCCAUCUGUGCAAGAGGGGUCACUUCAAAGCUGUGUCACAGCAAAAAAUUUGUAUAAUAUAAGCCAAAAAGAAGCCCUUAAAAGAUAGUCGGAUCUGUGUAAUAAAAAAUAUUUAAUGUGGCAAUGUCUUUCUUUGAUAAUAAGAGGGAACCAAGCAGAAGCUACUAGAGCGCUGAUUAUAGAGGGGAAGCUAGACAUGUGAUAAAUUAGACUUGUGUGCUCCGGUUUUGCUUUUUACAGCUAUUGUACUGUGUUUGGAGAACCAUAGUUCGCAAAACUGCAUGGGCCAAGAGGUAUAGAACCUAGGUCAUAGGACAAUUAAAUGUAACUCUUUGUUAUAAAAAGAAAGAAAACACUGAAGCCGUGUAUGUCAACAAUGAGAAAGUGUAGGACAUUUGGCCCCUUGAGUCUUUGGAAUAAGAUCAUGGCAAAUCUGCUUGUAAUCUUAUUUGUGAUCGAGAACAGAGUCGCUCAUUCUUAGCAGGGAGGCUUGUAUUGACUUGUGCCUGAUUUGCCAAGUAGAGGAAUUAGAAAUCAAGACAAUGAUGUCUGCAGAAGAGAGCUUAACAAAAAUGGAAGUGUUUAAUUUUCAUGAAGCUAGAUAUAAAGAGCAUUUUCUUUGGCAAUUAUUCUUUCAUGAAGAGCCCAAGAUGCUCUUGGGAGAUUGCAAGAACUGCAGAUGCUCUCAACCUUCAUUACCCUUUGUGAGAGAUUUUGUUACAGCGGUUUAGCCUUCUCCACAUCAGCAUCAGAAAUCUUCCAGAGGACAGUGUCAAGUAGUCUGAUAAGACUGGACUCGGUUGUAUGUUAGAUCGAUGAUGUCCUGAUCCAUGGCUGAGCUCAGAAUAUGAUAAGCUGCAGCACCUACAGGAAGCAGCACUUACGUACAACAUUUGACAUGUAUUCUCACAUCCAACUAUCAAACUAUUGUGGAUGCAUCUAGUGAUGGAGCUGAUGACAGAAGAUGAGCAGCAAAGGGGUUUUCAGCUUCUGAAGCUGAUUGUUCCAGAGGUUCACGGUUAUAGAAAACCUAGUUUCCUUCAACAGCACCUUCCAAACCCAUGACCUUUACCAUGUGGGAGGACAAUAGCAGCAGAGACAUGGAAGCACACCACCUAGAAGUUCCACACCAAGCCUCUCACCAUCCUGAUGGAAACUUACUGCCUUCAGUGUCACUGGGUCAAAAUCCUGGAGCUCCCUGCAUAAAAGCAUUGCGGGUGCAUCUACUCCCAUGAACAGUAGUUCAAGGAGGCAGUUCAGCAGCACUUCUUUCAAAGCAACUUUCAGAUUGGAAUAAAUGCUGAUCUAGCCAGCAGUGUCCACAUCCUGUUACUGAAGCAGAAAUGUUUUGCCCAAACUAGCUGUCAUCAAUGAACUGUUACAUCAGUUACAAGACAAUACACAAUGCUUGAAGGGUGCAGGGCAAGAUCUUUCAGGGGGAAAAAAAUUUGAAGAUGAUGUUUUGAGUCAUCAAAACACAGACUUGCUCACUGUGAUUGAAAAUGUAACUUUGCUAGAGUAGGGAAUGGUACUCUCUCAGAUAUGAUGUAGGAUGAGAGAUUAGGACUAAUUGAUAUAUGCUAAUGAAGCAAUACAUCACAGGGUGUGGUGAAAUGUUACAUGAUCUUGCUCUGUCUUACAGCCUUCUGUCAAGAUAAAGCCACAAUAAGAUGCUUCUUAAAUAAAUUUAAUACUUUCCUUCCUUCAGGCUCUGUAAACAAUCUUUAGCACAAUCAAUAAGAAUAUUAUGGCAACUUAGAAAUACACAUUUUAAAAAAGCUAAUGCUGAGUUGUACUCUUUGGGUUUAGAAUCAGCAGUCUAUUAUGUAUUUCUUCUUCCCAGCUGUAAAACAUUGCCUUUUCUACAAACUGACCAGGCAGGCAGUUUUUUAUUUUUAAAACUGUUUUGUUUGCUGCACAGAACACCAGAUUACAAAAUCUUAUUUGUGACCAAACUUGUCUCCAUCCCCAGAUUCUCUGGGCAGUCUUCUGGAGUUGGUAAAUAAAUUUUUCCACCCUUGAGUAUUUUUUAUUUUACCUUUUUUUGUUAAAUUACUCGCUGCUUGAAUACUUGAAUAUUGAACGAAAUUCCUUUAUAACAAUCAUGUUUCAUGUCCCAGAGACGGUUGUAUUUGACUAUAUUUUCCAUGAACAAUGAAUUUGGCUUGUUCAUGAAAUCCAUCUAAACUGUUUUAUUUUCCCCUUGCUUUAUGUUUUGAAAGGAUCUAACAUAUUUUAUUUAUCUGUAAGCAAUUCCAUUAAUUCUGAAGACAGUUUUUAUUUAUAAAAUAUUUGUACUAUUAGGUCUUUAAUACAGUGUUUCUACCUCUCAUUUGUGUAUAACAGCAUGCAUACUCAAUGAAAUCAGGUUGCAGACACAUUCACUUGUUAUGUAGCAGCCUUUUUAAUAUGGCCUGUAAAGAUGUACAUUACGACAACAGAAAUAAAAUUGUCAUGAAAUAUUA